CAGGGAGGGGGAGGGGGAGGGAGGGAGGGAGAGAGAGAGGGAGAGAGAUUUUACAACACAAAGAUAGUCAAAUGGAACCUUGGAUUUGGUCUGUACAAGCGUGGGCGGUAGCAGCAUGGCAGAGAGAGCCUCAUCCCCGACCAUGAGCCAGUCUGACCCUCCCAGACUUCAUAGAGCUGAGAAUUGUAGCCCCAGGCAUACCAGGGCUUCUACCAAAGGGGCGUCUCAAAAAGAAAGUUCCAGAAGGCAUUUGUCUAAGAGGGCUUCUGUUGUCUUGGAUAGAGAUGCCAAAAGGCGCCACAUGGCUCUAGAAAAACAAUUUUCCAAAGGCCAGGUGCAGGAGCCCAGAGAGCCCACUGUUUCUUUUGCAGCAGAUGUAUUUUCUGCAUCAUUGCAACCUGAUUUGUCUCAACUCAAAUCAGUGAGAUGCAGCAAAGGGAGUGGUCACCAGAGGGAGCUGAUGAGCUUCCAUCUGUUUUUGCAACAGGGCAGCAGGAGGAUUUUCUGCUCUUAGCUGCAGCUACUACUAGUGCGCACUCUAGACCUUCUUCUUCUAGGCCUCCGUGCCAGAAGCUACAUUUACUCCUACUGCAGGGGGCUCCACCCAGAGGAGGCCCAGGGAUCUGGGCUAUCUAUGGAUAUGAGGAACUUAAUUGCUGAAGCCAUUUUACAAGGCAUAGCGGCAGGUUUACAGCAGAGAUGCCAUUCUCAGCCUCCUCUGCCCAGCCUGCAGUUCCAGCUUUCAACAAGUAUGCCUCUGCUAUUUGUUCCAUCUUCUCCACAGCAAUCUAUGCAUAGUGCAGAUUCCUUGAUGGGAGAGGAAGAUCAGGAAUUCUCUGAUGAUGAGGGCAUGACUCCUGAGAGACCUUCUUUCUCAGGUCUGUUUUGUUCUUUAUUAAAGUCUUUGCUUUUAAGGCUAAGACAACUACUAACAUGGGAGCCAUGAAACCAUCUCUGGGCCAAUCCCAGGCUCCUCCAGACCCUCAUGAGGGUUUAUUUUCAGAGCGCAUUCCAGAACAGGAAGUCAUUCCUUUGCCCAAAUUAUUUUUGGAUGUUAUUCAGAGUCAAUGGACCCAAUCUGGGGCAUUUGCAGCCCCUAGUGGGAAUGAAGAAAGCUUUAUUGCACUGGGCCGGAUCUGGAGUAGCUCCUCCAAUUACCAUCAGUGGAUGCUCCAGUGGCAACACUGACAUCUUCAGCCAUCCUUCCUGCUGACAUUGCAGGAAGGAUGAAAGCGGAGGACAAAAAGGCAGAGAUCACUUUUCGCAAGAUGCAUCAGGCUACUGCUUGGGCGAUCAGGUCAGCUACUGCAGCCUCCUUCUUUAAUAGAGCCUCUUUAAUUUGGCUACAUCAGAUGCAGGCGAGGCUGCCUCCUGACGAGACCAGGCUGCAUCAGGAUCUGAACAAACUUAUGGCGGCCACAAAGUUUUCAGCGGAUGCAACUUUGAACACUGCGAAAUUUGCAUCCAGGGCAGGCUGAUAUGCAUUUGAAAUGGAGAUUGGCUUCAGCUCCCUACAAGGAUACUGACUUGUUUGGAGAAGCAUUGGACUCCAUCUUAAUUGAGAGCAAGGACAAAAAGAAAACCAUGCCUUCCAUGCAAAGGCGGGCGGACCAUAGACCCUCGUCUUAUUAUCAGAGACAGCCGUUUCGACUGGUGGAAUCUAGGGCCAAUGUCUUGCAGUUUCAAUGGCCAUUUUAUCAGGGACACAAGCAAUUCCCGGAUAGGUCUUCCUAUCGUGACAGAGGGAAAUGUCAAGCUCCUGCCAAGUGGCCCUUUUGAGGGUCUGGCUGUUGAGGCAAAUGACUACAGCACCUCAUCCCCUAUUGGUGGCCGACUACAACAAUUUGCCAGCCAAUGGGAAAGGACCACAACAGAAGCGUGAGUCCUAAAGACAGUGCGACUGGGCCUCGCAAUGGAGUUCCUCUCCAACCUCCCGAACAGAUUUAUUCAUUGUCCAGUUCCAGUAAAAAUCAAAAAAAGGAGACUGAUGGAAGCUGAGAUCCAUCAUCUAUUGGAGAUCAACACCAUCAAGCCGGUUCCAGCAGGCCAGGAGGGACGAGGAUUUUACUCAAUCCUCUUCUUGGUAACGAAAAGUUCGGGGGAGCUGUUUGGGAAUUCUGGAGUUAAAAAUACUCAACACCCAUGUGGUAUACUGCUGCUUUAAGAUGUAGUCCUUACAAUCCAUCUGGGCUGCAUCAGGACAGGUGACAUAUUAACAUCAAUAACCUCUGUUAUUGGGCCUCUGUGGCUCAGACUGUUAAUACAGUCUGUUAUUAACAGCAGCUGCCUGCAAUUACUGCAGGUUCUAGUCCCACCAGGCCCAAAGUUGACUCAGCCUUCCAUCCUUUAUAAGGUAGGUAAAAUGAGGACCCAGAUUGUUGGGGGCAAUAAGUUGACUUUGUAUAUAAAUAUACAAAUAGAAUGAAGACUAUUGCUAACAUAGUGUAAGCCGCCCUGAGUCUUUGGAGAAGGGCGGGAUAUAAAUGUAAAUUAAAAAAAAACAAAACCUCAAGGAGGCCUUCAUGUGCCUAUAUGGCCUUCAUAUCACAAGUUCCUGAGGUUUUCGUAUGCAGGGUGCCACUUUCAAUACCGAGCCCUGCCAUUUGGUCUGUCGUCUGCCCCCAGGACGGUCACCAAGAUAUUGGCAGCGGUGACAGCAAAUAUCAGGGCAAUCCCUAUAAGAUUGCAGUGUUACCUGGAUGACAUUUUGAUCCAAUCAUGCUCACCUCUGUUGACGGAACAGAAUCUGCACACCGUAAUACGAAUGCUUCAAGACCAUGGAUUCACAGUCAAUUUCGAAAAGAGUCAUCUGAUUCCCACCACUUGCGUGUUACAUCUGGGGGCGGUGAUCGAUUCCACAUCUUGCCAUGUAUAUCUUUCUCCAGACCAUCAGAAAAGUAUACGGUCAUUAGUAAUGAAGAUCCGGGCUCUACGGGUGGUACCUCUGGAUCUCCUCUCACAGUUCCUGGGGAGGCUCAUAUCUUGCAUAGCAAUCGUGCCUUGGGCACGGCUACAAACUAGGACACUACAAUGGUUUCUGCUGCCCCAUCAGAGACCGGCACCAGCAACUCAAAGACAAAGGUAAAAGUUCCACAAGGGUCCUAGGGUCCCUCCUCUGGUGAACCUCUCAAGCCAUAAGGCAGGGUUGAGCCUUCAAGGAGUCCCAACGCUUCACGAUCACAUCAGAUGUGAGUCUCUUUGGUUGGGGUGCCCACCUCCCAUCCCAGGUGGUCCAGGGAAGGUGGACUCACAGAUCUGAACAAUAUCAAUUGGCUCGAACUAAGGCUGGUCCAUCUUGCCCUUUGUCAUUUCAAAGAAGCAGUGACAUGACAGCAUGUCCUCAUAUUGACAGCCAAUAUGGCCAUCAAGGCUCACAUAAAUUGGGAAGGGUGCACUCAGUCCAAAUCCCUCAUGGCAGAGGUGGAGAAGCUGGGCUCUGGGUGGAGAAACAUAAGAGCAGAGUAUAUAUUGGGGAUGGCGAACGCACAAGUGGAUUGGUUGAGCAGGAAGACGUUAGAUCACGCAGAGUGGUGCCUGCAUCUGGAGCUCUUCAAAAAACUGUGCAGGAGAUUCUGUCACCCGAUAGUAGACCUAUUUGCUUAUCCAUCAAACGCCCAGUUGCCAAGGUUUUUCUCCCGGUUCCCAGCACUGGGAGUAGAAGGGGUCAAUGCCCUCUGCAGUCCCUGGCCUCAGGGCCUGCUCUAUGUCUUUCCUCCAAUUCCCCUCAUUCCGAGGGUCAUCAGAAAGGUAUUGGAGGAGAGGGCAGAGUCCUCCUUCUGGCCCCGCAUUGGCCCAGGCGUCCCUGGUUUGUGGACUUGGUCAACCUCUCAGUGUCUCGCCCCUGGAGGAUUCCCAGGGACAAGAUCUUCCUCAGCCAGGGGGCUGUGGUCCAUCCAGAGCCUCAUUGGCUCCAGCUGACCAUCUGGCACUUGAAAGGAGCCUCCUGAGGAGAGACAAGCUUUCUGGAAAGGUAAUUCAGACCACCCAGGCUUCCAGACGGCCUUCGACUAAUCGAAUCUACGACGCCAAUUGGUCAGCUUUUUGCCAAUGGUGUUCCUUGGGACACAUUGACCCUCUAGGAGCUUCGAUUCCGGAGGUACUGGACUUUCUACAAACAGGAUUGGACAGGGGGCUGUCUCCCAACACUCAUAGGAGACAGGUAGCAGCCUUAGCCACAGUGUUAACCUGUGAGAACCAAAAACCUGUCAAGCAUCAUCCCAGAAUACGCAGUUUUCUUAAAGGGGCCACCAAUUUGAGGCCUCCAGUGGUUCAUCGUUAUCCCACUUGGAAUCUUGCCUUGGUGCUUCAGGCUCUUACUUCGGCACCAUUUGAGCCACUGAAGACCUCUAGCCUCAGGUAUUUGACCUUUAAGGUCAUGUUCUUCAUGGCAAUAACAUCUGCCAGGAGGAUCUCUGAAUUGGCAGCAUUAUCAGUGCAUGAGGAUCUGUGUAUUUUUCAUACAGACAGAAUGGUUCUCUGUUUGGAUCCAUCCUUUCUGCCUAAGGUGAACUUCUGGUUUCACAGGGCCCAGGGGAUCAUUUUACCCAAUUUCUGCCCAGGGCCCCAUCAUCCCAUAGAGGAACGAUGGCAUACAUUGGACGUCAGGAGGGCUCUCCGCAGAUAUAUCAAACGGACUGCUUCCUUUCAGAGGUCAGAAUCUCUUUUCGUCUCCUUUCAGCCUUCAGCCAUGGGCAGGAAGGUGAUGUCUUUCACUAUAGGCCUCUGGUUGAAAGCCUGUAUAGCUAAGGCUUAUGAGAUACAGGCUUGUCCCGUUCCAAGAUGGAUUAUAGCUCAUUCCACUAGGAGUGUGGCUACUACUGUAGCGUGGCCAACACAAGCUCCCACUGAAGACAUUUGCAGAGCUGCGGACUUGGUCAUCUCUGUCGCCAUUUAUCAGACAUUAUAAACUGGACGUGUAUGCCUUGACUGAGGCGUCUUUUGGCCGCAGAGUUCUUCAGAGAGUCCAUUCCACUUUGGGGACCAGGGACCAGCCGGUCUCCCUCCCCUAGUUCUUAAGCUUGGGUAUAUCCCUUGCUUAGAUUCGCCAAGCAGUGCACUGGAGAAAGGACAUUGGUCUUACCUGACAUGUCUCUUCUCUGUGCGCUGCAGGAGAAUCCAAGACCCACCCUGCCGACCAUCCGGGUCCAGAGGUUUCCAUCUUCUACAGCAGAGGUUCCCAAUCUUUUUCGCCCGCGGCUCCCCCGGAAAUCCGACCUGCAACUGCGCAUGCGCACCAGACGCGCCCGCGGCUCCCCCGGAAAUCCGACCUGCAACUGCGCAUGCGCACCAGACGCCCCAGAAAUGGCGCAUCAGCGCCGGACCCAGCGGGCGCAGAUAUUCCGCGGCGCCCCCAUGACGAUAGCGCGGCUCCCUGGGGAGCCGCGGCUCACAGUUUGGGAAUCACUGUUCUACAGGUCCAUGUACAUCGCACAGCCAUGCCUUUGUCAAAAAACUGGAGCUCAGCCAGAUAAAGGGAAGUGUGGCCAAGAAAAUUCUAGCAAUUCAGUCUCUGGCAAUAGGAUUGAAGUUAACCCUUGCUUGGAUUCUCUCGCAGCGCACUGAGAAGAGACGUUUUCAGGUAAGACCAGCGUCCUAUUUCCUCAUCACUGAAAGCCACAGAAAUGCCAGGAAGGAGAUCUUCCUUCCUUCUUUCCAAGAAAGAUGAAGGAGACAUUGUGGUUAGCAAUGAAGAAUGAAGGACCUGCUGUGUGUGUAGUAUUGUGCAUCCAUUAUAUGCGGCUGAAGAAGCCUACUGGCCUGCUCAUAUUCCUUUGUUUAUGAUAGAUGAGCUCAGAUUUUGAGUAUUGUAUUAUCAAGGUUAUCAAGGUUAUCACCAUAAUUUUUCACCUGCUUUUAUUUCUUAGAUAUGAUAUUGCAUUAUUUAAAAUUAUUUAUAUUAUAAAAUGUUUUUGAAAAAUUUGAAAGGGUUUUUUUGGAUAUUCAUAUCUAUUUAUUUUGCAUAAUUUUUAACUUUUCCUUCAAUUUUUCUCUAGUGAAUUGCCCUUUAUA